UUUUACAUACGCUGCUUGUGAAGAGCUUUAGAUGUGGAAAAGUAUUAAAUAUUGACUUCCUGUCGUCUGUAACUAAACUCCAAGAAUAGACUCCUCCUCCGCCCUACUUGAGUUGUCCUGGGAAACACUAACAACGGCUGGAAAGCCGUCCCUGUUCGUCAACGAGGACUACUCACACGGGGAGGAAAAGUUGCACUGUGGUUCUAAUAAUUCCUGUUGAUAACCCAGGACGUUUCUGUCCCAGCUCCGAACUCUGACUGCGGGGGCCUGUAUUGGGAGGAUUAUUAUGCGUUUAAAUGCUGCACCCUCUUCACACUGACUGAGCUUCAGCUGCCUGAGUGUCCAGGGACAUGAAACUCAAUCCACAGCAAGCUCCUUUGUAUCAGGGUCGAUGUGUUGUCACAGUGCAGCUUUCCGACGAAGAGCUGGCUGCAGAUGAUCGGGGAGUGGACUACUUCCUGCUGUUUGCCGGCAGCACACAGAGACAUCUAACCAGCACCCUGAGGAGCAGCCAUGAUACCUUACAGGCGUUGUGUCCCGCUCACGACUGCUGCGAGGUGGUGUUGGUCACCUUGUGUUCAGCCACCCAGACUCCCUCCAGGGACCCUGAGGACCCAGCGCCCUGCCCGGGGUGCGUGGCUCCAUUGGCUGAGCAUCGAUUCAGCUUUGUCCAGGAUUUGGCUUUUGACAUGGCCCAGUUCUUGGUGAGCACAGCAGGCCGGGCCGAUGGCCUUGACGGGGCCCUGCUCCUGGAUGAGUGUCACAUUCCAGUGCAGGAGUGUGAGCGCCUGGAUGAGAACCUGGCACUGGCCCUCCACCACCUCGUGUUGCCACCGGGAUGGAGCCUACUGGGCAACAAGCAGGCCAACAGCACCGGCCUGAGCCCUCAGGAGACUCUGCUGCAUUUCUCGGCGCGGCGUGGCCUUUCUCGGGUGACCUGCUUUCUGCUGCGGCAACCUGGAGCCAGGGAAGCCCUUCGGUUGGUCAACAAAGAAGGUCACACCCCGGCUGCCGUGGCGACACAGCGAGGACACGAACAUCUCCGUGAGCUCCUCACAGACAGGGCCGAGACGGAGGCGGACGAGGCAUCUGAAACUCUCCAGCUGGUGUCAGCGGAUGCUCGGGUGUGCUGCAAUUCCCCCACGCUGAACACACACACUCUGACGGUGAGCAUUCGCCCUGGCCGCAGCGCUCCGACCCUUCAGGAGAGCGUGGAGUAUCUUCUGCACUUUUUAGGCCACCUCCAUGCCAAGGGAGUUUCUGUCUUGGAGCUGCAGUUGGACUCACUCCACACUGCUGCGGAGUGUUGUGACGGUGUGAAAACAGACUUAACCUGUCAGGAUCGACUCCAGAAGCUCCACUCAACGUCAGAGUGCUUGCUUUCAGAAACCGGAGGGAGCGAGGGAGAAAGCAUCAAAGAGGAGAGCGGCAACUCCAUCGUAGGUGAACUAGGCGAGACUCGUAACUCGGAGAAAGACAAAAGUUUGCCUCUGGCGUCAGAAAUCCCUCCCCAGCAGCACGGCCUGGAACCCCAGGGGGACGGGGUGUGUCUUAGUUCAAACUCUCAGGGAAAAGGCUGCCAAGGGGAGUGGGAAGGGAGGGCGGCCUCCUGUCCAGGACUGAAUUUGUGUGACAAGAGUGAAGGGGCACAGGGUGAGGCUGAAGGGGAAAGUGACACUGUGGGAAAUGUCCCAGCUGAAGGCUGCGGUAAACAGGCAGAGGAAGCUGUGAUCCGGGAAGAACAGGAGGCCGGAGAGGGAGAGGAACAGGAAGCGGGAGAUGUGUGGAGUGGAGAGGAGGAGGGCAGAUCAGAGCGCACGGUUCUGACGACAGCCAGCGGAGACUCUUCAGUCAUGGGCCAGUCUCCAUUGUCGGGGAGUUCUGAACUUUUAAACCCCACUGAAUCAGAAGCAAAGCUGAGAUCUCAGGAAGGAGAGAACAUUGAGGAAGAACAAACAGAACUUCCCCAAGAUCCCUUUGAUGGGUUCAAUCCAGAUAAGGAGGAAGAAAAGGAGGUUGGGAGGGAAGAGUUAAUGGACCCUGUUUCAACCCCAGGAGACCUCCCCGACCCGUCGGCGAUAGCCUGCGGUGACGUAAUCGAGCAGCGUGAAUCUGCCGUUCCUCUACUGCUGAUAGAAGGCCUUUGUGAGGGGGAACCUCCGCCAGACAUAAACAGCCAAGAACAAAACCAGGAAACAGCUGGUCAGGAUUACGCAGCCGAGCAGGAGCAGGGCUCCGGUCCAGAAGCUGCCCGUCAUUCUGGGACCGACGUUGGAGCUGAGAGCGACAGCCACAGCGAAGACGCCACCAAACUCCAAGAUUUUGCUCCAGACGAACCCAAGAGCUUCAAUUUUUGGGUUUUGAACAGUGCCGAGGAAGGAACACGGACUGACCAGUCAUCACUAGGAAAUAUGCUCACUAAGAGGAAGGCUGACCAGGAUUCAGGCGUGGCACAUCGUGUCUCCAGUGACGACGAAGGAAGCUUUAGAUCUUUUGGAAGUUCUUCAACGGAAAUAUUUCACCCUACUCAGGAUAAUAGCAGUCUGCAGGAGGGAGAUCAAACUAUGAACGUAGAUAUUUCCUCAACAGGAUGUACCGAGGACUCAAAUGAUCCAACACCCAGCGUAAACCAUGAACACUCACUAGGUGACGACAAUGAGCUUCUGUUGGACGCUGGUCCUGUCAGUUCCCUGAACCCUUCAGAGGGUAGUAGAGAUGAGUUGGAGUCUGAAUCAGGGCUGCUAGACGACUUUAAGACAAUGGAUUGCUUGAUCCCUGAAAGUUGUGAGGAACUGCUUAUAGAAUGUCCUGAACAGGAUUCAGUGUUGGAUCCAAUUCUUUUAGUCAGUAAGGAAGUCCCUACUUCAGAAGCUGGUGAAGGUGACAUCAGGCAGUCCUCCAGCUCUGACGUUAAUAUUGACAUCCAGUCUGAAUCAGAGGUCAAUGUCAACGGCCCCGUUGAAGACGAUCAACAGACGGACGGCGAUGAUAAACCAGAGGCAGCAAAGGAGAGUAGGAAUGUACAAACGCAGCCUGAACAGGAUGACUUAAAGGAGCCUGAGGACACGGGGUCGGCUGAGGGUCAGCUCCCCAUCUCAGCACAGGACGCUGAUCCUCCGUCAGACACCGUAGAUGGUGUCUCUUUGGAACUGGAACCACCUUCUGCUGUCGCCGAGUCAUCUAUGGAUACUCCCGUCGAGGAUCAGAUGGCUGCCAACCCAGACUCUGCCGAUUUACUGGAUGGAGCGGCGGAGAGCUGCGCAACUGCAGACCCAGAGGCUGAAGUCGACAAACCCGAGGACGCUAUGAGAUGCACGGGGGAGGAAGAAAGCGGCCCAGCAGAGGGACCGGACUCCUUGAUGAUCCACCGAGACAGAGAGGCGUCGUUCCACCAGACUUGCAACCCUCAGCACUCAGAAUCCUCGACGUCUUCGGCGUUCCCCAGUUUACCCCGCAGAACCAGCAGUUCCACCAGCUGUCCCUCGUCCGCUCACAGAGACUCUGGCAGCGACAUUGAAAGCCUCCUGAAUGCAGAGCCAGGAUAUGACAGCAUCUUCAGAAAGAACGACGAGCCAGUGACAGGAGGAGACAGCACCAGCGAGGUCUCUGUCUCUUGCUCCUCCACAGACGACACUGCCAGCGUCGGCCCGUCCAGCUCCAGUCCGGAGGGCAGCCAGGGCCUGAGCGGCAGCUGGAGCCCAGAGGAGGGCAUCCAGUCUGAGGCUACUAACGCUGAAGGCCAGGACAGUUCUGCUGCUGCUGCUGGAGGAGGAGGGGACGCUGAAGAAGAAGCAAAAGACCGAGUGAGUGAGGUACCGCGGCGUUCCGGUCUCUUCAGGAACAGCAAGCGCUCUCUGUCGCCGCUUCGCCGCCACAGCUGGGGUCCAGGGAAGAACAACGGAGGAGAAUCGGAGAUGAACCAGAGGAGCUCCAUCCGUAACCCUGGUGAGGGGAAGCCGGCCUUUCACAGGAGAAGCUACAGCUUAGAAGGGCUCAGUGGGAUCCAGGAAGAGCUGAGGGGCUGCACCAUCCAGGAGCCCCGCGACCUGGAGCGCUCCAGGAUGCCACGGCACAACAGCGACGACAGGGGCUCCCUGGUGUCUCUGACGGAAGAGCAGGAGGAGCGGGAGGAGGACAGCAGGCUGCAGGAACAGAAAUUGCGACGGUAUCGGCCGCUGAGGAACAGCUGUCCCUCCAUGACCCUUCCACUAACCAAGUCCAUUUCCAUGGUCACCAUUAGCCAUAAAGACAGCGAUGCGGUGGGACGCCUGAGACGCAAGAGGCGCAUUUCCUUCUCUUUCAACCUGUCCCCCAUCCUCACCAAAUCUAAGACUCGGUUCAUUUACGGGGACUCUUCGUCAAGUGACGAUGAAGAGGAGGAGGAGGAUGACUCGAGCGUGAGAUUGUUUUCCAACCCCUCUGGGUCGGUAGCUUACAGUAUAUCGGAGGAAGAGCCGGGGCCUCUGCGGAGCGACACGGAGGGCAGGAACACGACCAAAGUCAGCCGGACCUUCAGCUACCUCAAGAACAAGAUGUACAAAAAGACACGGGAAAAAGACAGAGACAAAAGGGACAAAGACAAAGAAAGCAAGGAGAAGGACAAGAAGGCCGUGAAUGGACACAUUUUCACGCCUGUCAGCUCGAACCAGUCCCUCCAGUGCUCCCUGUGCAAUAAAGCUUUUAAUGGAAAAGAGGCAUUCUGUUGUACAUACUGUAAUGCAUCCGUCCACAAGGGCUGCAGGGACAGCAUGUCUGUUUGUGCCAACGUGAAGAUGAAGUUGCCCAAACAGCAGUUUACAGUGCCAGAUUCCAGCGCUCCGUGCUCUGUUCCUGGCGUCACAAUGAGGAACAAAGCUGGUGGGACAAGGGACCGUCCCAGGUCAGCCAUCUUGAUCCCUGAAGACAAUCUUCCCCUGAUGAUGCCAGGAUCACGGAGACACACCAGCAUCAUGACGUUCCCUGGAAACAAUCUGUCAAAGAGCCUCUCGAUUAGCAACAUCGCAGGCCCAUUUGAUGACAUGCCCAUCAAAGGCCUGCGCUACCUUUCUCAGUCCACAGACUCACUCAACAGAACCAACCAGGUCACAGAAUCCAUGGAGUCGCUCACUGAUGAAGGGACGGAGAUGAUGGACGCGCAGCUCCUUGGGGAGUUUGAGGCGAACGCCAAAGAGUUCGAAGCAGACUCGUGGAGUCUGUGUGUGGAGCAGCAGUACCUGCAGCAGCAGAACAAAGAGCUGGUCAAGAGACAAGACGUCAUCUACGAACUGAUGCAGACCGAGAUGCAUCACAUCCGGACGUUGCGCAUCAUGUCGGAGGUGUACAGCAAAGGCCUGCAGAAGGAGGUGCCGCUGGACCAGCACGCGGUGGAGAAGAUGUUUCCGGCACUGGAUGACCUCCUGGACCUCCACUCACAGCUCCUCCAGCGCCUCCUGGACCGAAAGAAGGAGAGCCAGCUGGAGGGGGGAGGUUCGGAGGGCGGCUUUGUCAUCAGCAGGAUAGGAGACAUUCUGGUCAGCCAGUUCUCGGAAUCCAACGGCGAAAGUAUGAAGAGGGUUUACGGGAAAUUCUGCAGCCGCCACAACGAAGCCGUCAACGUCUACAAGGACCUUAUGAACAAGAACAAAAACUUUAAAACCUUUAUCAAAAAAAAGAGAAGUAGCAACACUGUGCGGAGGCUUGAUAUCCCAGAAUGCAUCCUGCUGGUGACCCAGCGGAUCACAAAGUACCCUGUGCUGAUCCAGAGAAUGCUGUCGCACACUAAAGACACGGACGAGGACUACGUCGACCUGAGCGAGGCCAUCCGGUUGGUGAAGGAGGUGAUUGCCGCCGUGGACAGCAAGGUGAACGAGCACGAAAAGAAGCGGCGCCUGAAGGAGUUCCACAGCCGCAUGGACAACAAGUCCAUCAUGAUUCUGAAAAGCGGCCAGUUCUUCGCCAGGGAGGACCUGCUGAGGCGGAAGCUGAUCCACGACGGAGCGCUGCAGCUGAAGAACACACAGGGAAGACUGAAAGACGUUCAAGCUCUCCUGCUAUCGGACGUUUUGGUCUUCCUUCAAGAGAAGGACCAGAAAUACGUCUUUGCCAUGAUGGACCAGCGCUCCACGGUCAUCUCCCUCCAGAAGCUGAUCGUCCGGGAAGUCGCCAACAAGGAGCGCGGCCUCUUCCUCAUCACGGCGGGCACCGAGAAGCCGGAGAUGAUGGAGGUGUUGGCCAGCUCCAAGGAGGAACGCAACACCUGGAUGCAGCUCAUCCAGACCGCCAUGCAGUCCAUGGAGAAAGACGAGGAUGAGGGGAUCCCCAGUGAGACGGAAGACGACAAAAGACAAUUAGAGAGCAAAGCCAAAGAGAUGAGAGAUAUGUUGAAGCAGAAAGAUACGGAGAUUAUGUCUCUGCUGGAGGAGAAGGUGCGGCUCUUCAGGGAGAUGUGGGAGGGCUUGAGCCCAGGCGAGGAGGCCUGCAGGCAGGUCGAGCCUUUCUUCCGGUCAGCCUGCAGCCAGGAGCCGCCUCAGGGGGCGUCCAUCAUGAAAGACGCCCUGCAGGAAGUGGAGACGUUGCAGACGCUGGUGAAUGGCAGCCUGGGGGGAGCGAUGGCCAGCGUGCACGAGGGAGGAGCCGCCGGGCCCGUGUGCCUGCCCCGUCGGGCUGAGACGUUCGGAGGCUUCGACAGUCACCAGAUGCACAGCGGCAAGAGUGGAGACAGAGACGAAAGCGAGGACGCGGUGGGAGACCUGCGCAGGACGGAGUCAGACAGCGUUUUGAAGAAGGGAGGAAACGCUAAUCUGCUACAGCUACUGAAGAGGAACAGCGAGCAGGUCCUGCACAGCGUCUCCAACCUGCAUCUCCUGCUCAGCACUCUGCAGGCGGUGGUGGUCCAGCAGGACAGCUACAUCGAGGACCAGCGGCAGGCCCUGAGCGAGCGCUCCUCCUCGUGCUCGUCGUUGUCGCGCCAAUCGUCGCGGCCCAGCUCGCUGAUCGAGCAGGAGAAGCAGCGCAGCCUGGAGAAGCAGCGGCAGGAGCUGGCCUCCCUGCAGAGGCAGCAGGCCGCUCUGGCCGAGGAGAGGCGGAGGAGGGAGAGGGAGUGGGAGCUGAGGGAGCAUCAGCUCUCCGACAGAGAGUCCACGGUGCACCUGCAGGAGGAGGAGGUGCAGAAGCAGCACAAGCAGCUCGAGGAGGAGAGGAAGGAUCUGCAGAGCAAGAAGGAAGAGUACCAGAGAGACCUGGAGAGGCUGAGAGACGCCCAGAGGAAGCUGGAGAAGGAGAGGGAGGCCGUGCAGCGGCAGAUCCACAGGAUGGAAGAGCUGCGGCUGUCUGAGAGGACUCCCUCCACGACAUCCGACGAAUCCCUGUUCCUGGGCAGCUCCCAGUCCCUGGAGCUGGACCCCUUGGAGCUCUCCUCCUCCUCGUCUUCAUCCUCCACCCUGCCCAGGCUGCAGCCCCAGCGCUCCAAGGCCAGCAGGAAGGGCCUGAACCCGUUCACCUCGUCGUCCUCCGGCAGCCUCAAGAGCUCCGAGGCCAACAGCCAGAUCUCCAAGGGCUUCCUGCAGCUGGCCAAGACCAAGAGCAAAGACGGGAAGAAGAAGAAGAAGAGCAAAGGCGGCAGCGCGCAGGCGGCAGACCCUCAGCAUGUUCCCGAGCCCCCUAUGGAUGGAGAGAUCUUCUUCUGCUAAGACUCUGCAGCGGCGGCUCCAUCGUCGCUCUCAACAGCCCGGAGUCGACGUGUUCCUGCGCACUUUCUCAGUACGACAUGUAGCACAGACUGCCCCUCCGUUUGGAUUUUCGUUUAGAGGUGCAACCAAGAAGCCUUUUGUUUAUUGUUUUUCCGAGGCUGGUACCGCUUCUUAUGUUCGGCUCAUUCCCAGAUUCUUUAUGGAAUGUAAGCAAUGGAAGAAGUAAUAAAAACACACACAGGAAAAAUAAACAAAAAAAAAAACGUGCUGCAGUUUGAAUCCGA